AUGGCUGAUUUACAGGGAUUUAUUAAUCAUAGCUUUCCCAAUCUGCCUAGUUUGGAAAGGUUAAAUCUCACUGCAGAUUCAAUCAGCCAAAAAAGAGAAACUUUGGUUUCUAAAUUCAACCAAACAAGCAGUGUACAGAUUGACAAUGCGGUUCUUUUGGUUAGUAAAAUUAAGGAAAUACUUGGCUCAACCGCUUCAGACGAUGAUAAGAUCGGACAAUUAACCCAGUUAAGACAUGAUUAUGGAAGCACAGAUUUUAUGGUAAACGUCAUUCAAAAAUUUCAGGAGUCUGUCGCAAUCAGGCGUUUACAAAUGAAAUCUUCUUUACUAGAGGCAAUUCAACAUCAGGGCCCAUUUUCAAUCAACUCAAUCAAGGAGAUUUCAAGCAAUGCUUUUCAGCUCGCUGAUUCAGAUGUCAAUGAUUCUUUGCAUGACACGAUAAUGGAUUCGAUUGAAGAGAAGAAAGCUCUUCUUAAUGAACUGUAUCACCGUAUAGAUUCGUGGGAUAAAAUGGAUUCUAAAGACAUUAGUCACUUCGUUAAUAUCAAUUCACAGUUGCAUGAUCUUAUUGUGCUACAAACUCUUGACCCAGUACUUUCUGCUUCGAAAUUGCAUCUAGUAGCGUUCGAGAGCUUACUCUCCACCAAUUUGCAAGUUAAGUUUGCUUUUCAUUUCUCCGGAAAAAAGAAGACCAACAAUAUAAGCAAACCAGAGUGGUGGGUAGACUAUUUACUGAAAUGGCUGGACCAGCAUGCCUCCCUUUUUAAUUUGCAUUUUAGUGUGUCAUUAAAGGACACUAUUUACCAAGAGACUUUCUUCAUAGAUCAUUUGAUCACUGCUGUGAGAGAGAUCUGUAGAGAAAAAAUAUGCUCUGAUUUAGACAUGUUGUUAGCACAUGAGAAUCAAUCCCUUCUUACUCAUUUCAUUGGGGAAUUACGAAGAUUAGAUAAGUCACUGUCUGACAACUUUUACUGGAGUUCCUCAGGUUUUAUUGAUACUUUCAUCUUGGAAAACGAUCAAGUGUUUGCUACUUGGCUGCAAAACGAAUGCCGGUUCUCGUUCAAUCGUUUUGAUGAUAUUAUUAACACUGAUUUACAAGCAUUUGAAAUUGAUCUAGAUUCUAAUCUAAAGGGAGAAGUUAAGUCAACAAAAUCUUCUUUGAACUUGAAAAUUCUGAUAGAAAACACUACUAAGAAUUAUGAGAAUAUGAACAACCUCAACAAACAACUCAAAUUUUUAUCUGAAAUCCAGCUGGCACUACUCAAUAGCUAUUACCAGAGAUUGGAAGAAGGUUUGAAAAGCUUUGAGUCUAUCUACAUGAAAAGACCAAUAGAUCACAAUUCCAGCUUAAACGCUUCUUCCAUAGAAAGAUUAUUCAGGAUUAUUUGCUCAUUAAAGUUCAUGAUUUUUCAACUGGAACACUGGUCACAGGAACUUGUUUUUGUUAGUUUAUGGGAGGUUAUCAACAAGGAUAGGUCAGCCACCGAUAACUCUAGCUCGACUACUUUUUUUUACUCCAUAAUUUCACAUUAUCAAAAGUUAGUAAAAAAAUAG